UACCACCCGACACGACGAUAGCAUCAGGCAGUGUUGGGAUCUCAUCGCUAUGAUACCUCCCUGAGCGACGACCAUGGCUACCAUUUCCGUCGGCUCCAACGUCUUCUUCGCCGUGGCCCUGCUCGCUAUCGGGCUGCUUGUCUUGCUGCUGCUGCGGCACUUUCUGCCUCUGCGUGCCACGCCCGGCUAUCUGCUGCUCCCGGUCUUUCUGGCGCUGGCCCUCCCUGCCAGUGUCAUCUUGUUGGUGCCGAUUGAUCUUGGGUCUGACGAGGGGCCCACGGCUAUCUGGUUGCCAGACAGGUUACUGCUGGUAUCCUGGCGGAUUACAUAUUGGCUCAUCUUCGUGUUGACCUGGUUUAUUCUUCCCUUGCUUGGCGACUUUAUUGACUCCGGAUACCGUGAACCCCGGGCGCGCAUUCAAUACUCGCUUCGUUCCAAUGCCCGAUACCAGUUGACCGUUCUUGUCUGUGCCGUCGGCGGCCUUGUCUACAUCUCCGUUCAGAAUGGCUUCGAAUUCACCUCGCUCAAGGCGUUGGUUAUGGCCCUUGCCUAUGUCUGGGGUCUCGUGCUAGCUAUUUACCUCAUGGGACACGGCCUAGUGGCGAUACCACGCAAACUGUUCCGCACCGCCAACCCCAGUGGCCGCCUGCGCAGGUUGCAGACCCAUGCUCCGCGCGUCCACGACCGACUGAUCGAUGCGGUCAACGACUUGCAGGUGUUGGAAGCGCAGGUCAAGCAACUGCACCGCCGCAAGACCGGCACGGCGCGAGAUUUCCAGGAAUGGAUUGACGAUCUCGCCGAGGCCUGCGGUCCGCCGGAUCCGCGGGCUACCUUGGCGCAAGCAUCGGAGCCAGCCCCCAUCCCCGCCGUCAUCACAGAACGCUACCUGGCAGAUCUCACGCGCCGUCUGCAACGCACCCGUCACCAAAAGGCUCGUUUUCUCGACGAGUGGGAUCGUUUGGUGCAGUCGGCGGCCGACGUCCAAGCCAUCAUCAACUCGUCUGCCUCGAAGAAGCUCGAAUUCCCACGAGUCACAACCCAGCUUGGGCCGCUGCGCCCACGCUUCACCCUGUUGACCCCUUAUAUGCGUUAUGGGCUCCAUGUCCAUCUCCUGCCGGGAUUUAAGCUGGUUCUGGGUGCCCUGCUAGCGGCCGCCUCGGUCUGCAUCAUCUGGUCGGAAGUUAUCAAAUCGGUUUUCCCAAAUCUAUCAAUCGUGAGCAUAACUGUGAUCUCCUCCUCUUCUUCGUCGUCGUCGUCGUCUUCGUUAUCCAUCAACUUUGGCGGCCAGGUUGUCGCAUCGGCCUGGCUGUUGUACAUGUGUGCGGCCGCGCUGGCCGGAGUCACCGAUGCCAAGGUCUGGGGCAACCGCGCCCUCGUGCCCCGUAACACCUAUGGCGAGAGCGCUUGCUGGUAUGCCGGGCAGGUUGCCCGGCUGACCGUUCCGACCGCCUACAACUUCCUUACCUUUUUGCCUCGAGAUGUGCGCGAAAACACCAUCUUUUACAACUUUCUGGGUCGCCUGAUUGACCUCACCCCGCUGGGAAAGGGUUUCGACUACUUCUUCCCCAUCUUUAUCCUCCUACCGGUGCUGGCCACGCUGUUCAAUCUGUACGGUCGCGUGAAGAAUAUCUUCGGAUUCGGUCUGAUCGAGGAAGAUGAGGACGAAUAUCUGGAGAACAACCCAGCCGGCUACGGGCUAGGUGGCUGGCGCGAAGGCCGCGAGCUCAUCGACCGCGAAUUGAACGGUCUAGGCUCUCUUGCGCUGGCUUCCCGCAGCGUCGGCGGCGGCGGCGGCGGCGGCGGCAGCGGCGAUGCGCGCGUCGCGAUUGGUGCCGCCUCAGGCUCUGCCUCGGGUCUUGCACCUCCUCCUCUAGGCUCCCGAGCGUCUCGCCCACCGCGACGACCUCCUGCUUCAACGAUGACGACGACAGUCGAACCCUUGAACGACGGCGAAGAAGAAAACUUCUUCCAGUCCUUUGCGCACCGUGUGCGCAACACGUUCGACACGGCCAAAAAGCCGCAGUGGAUGCAGGCGGAGCCCUUCCGACUGCCACGAUGGAUGAGGGAUACAGACGAUGACGAACGGUCUCCUGCUGGAGGGCUUGCGCAGAUCUUUGGCGGCCGGCCCGCCGAGGGUCGUGUACGAUUAUAGUAGACUAGACAUUCUUUCAAUUACAUAGUUAAUAGUUGAAUAUUCAUUACUGUUUAUACGUGA